AUGACACACACCCACGAAAUAGAAGAAACUGAAAAGAAAAGUAUUAUCAAUUGCUUUUCAAGAAAAAAGAAAAAGAAAGUAGAAGUAACAUCAAUCAAUAAUGAGGAAAAAUAUAGAAUCGGACAAGUUCCGAAUGAAGAGACAUGUGAGACGACUCAUUCAUACAUUGCACUUACAUUUUAUUCCGUUGGUAUUUCUUUAGCAGGACUUGUAUUUGGCUAUGAUAUCGGGACUAUAGGAGCGAUCAUAGAUAUGCCCGCGUUUGUAUCAAAAUUUGGCGACAAAUUGGAUUCUACAACUCCAGAAUUUUAUCCCAUAACGAAAGGUAUAUUACUCGGGGUCGGAAGCCUCGGCGGGUGCAUAGGAGGACUUUUAACAAAAGCCAUGGUUCCGGUUUUUGGUCCCCGAACAACAUUAUUUCUAUCAGGUCUAACAUCAAGCUUAGGCGAUAUUAUUAUUUUGCUUUCAAAAAACUGGUUGCAAGUUGCCGUUGGACGAGCAGUUUAUGGUAUAGGCUGUGGGAUUAUAUGUGUCGUCUGUCCCAUGCUAAUUAGUGAUUUAUCACCAACGAAUAAGCGGGGUCUAUUUAUCUCAAUAAUACAGUUGCAUGUUACUAUUGGUAUUAUUAUUGGUGCACUUACAAUGUUUAUAAGUGAUAUACAAUUUAGUUCAAAUGUGUCCAGCCAUUGGCAAUACAGCUACCCAGUAUUGCAGGGUAUAUUAUUUGGAAUUAUGACAUGUGCUGUAAUUUUCUUUAUUCCAGAGUCACCAACAUGGCUUCUAUCAAAGGGUAGACAAAAUUUCGAUAAAGCCGCAAAAUCGCUAGCAAGAUGUUCCCAGCUUGCUGUGUCCAGCACUAUAGUUCAGGCUCAAACAGAAAAUAUUGCAGUACUAAUGGCUUCGGUUGAAGAGGAUCAAGAUAGUCUGCUAGAAAAGCUUAACAAGUCACUUUUAAGGGGCCAACCAAAAUACUUGCUAAGAACCAUUACAGGAAUCAUACUUUCUUGUCUUCAACAGUUCACUGGGAUCAAUUACUUUUUUUUUUUCAGCGUUGUCAUAUUCAAAACUGUUGGAGUGAACAACCCGUACAUUGUACCUAUUUUCUUUGGUUCGGUCAAUGUUAUCUUUUCUCUUCUCAGCGUUUUAUUAAUUGCUCGAUUUCAGAGAUUAACGCUUCUAAAGCUUGGAUCAUUUUUUUUGGCUCUUACAAUGUGUGUGUUUACAACUUUAGGUCUCACAUUCAGUGAAAGUAACACUGGCGCAAUUAUGAUGAUUAUGGCAUCGUGCAUUUUUGUUGCCAUUUUUGCAACUACAUGGGGCCCAUUGGUGAGUAUAAUAAUAUCUGAACUUUAUCCUCACAGUAUCAAAGUCAAGGCAAUGGCUAUAUGUGGAUGCGCAGGCUGGAUUUCGACGUUUCUAGUUUCAUUUAUGAUACCAAUACUUACAAAAGUAAUAGGCUUUGCAUUGGGCUAUAUUUUCUGUGUCUUCAUCGUCUUAGGCAUAGUAUUCAUAUACUAUUUUGUUCCAGAAACAAGACAUGUUGAAAAUUCGGCGUUGGAUGCAAUUUAUGAAGCUAAUAUUUACCCACGAAAAUUGUUCUGA